UUUAUAUCAGGUAUAAAUUAGACCAUGUUUAUCCCUAGUUUUUAAUGGGAUCCUUAGCCCAAAUAAGUGAAUUAAUUAAAUCAAAACAAAAUGAAAAGAAGAUUAUCGAUCCUUACUUUGGGAUUUUUGUGAUCGGUAAUAAGGGAAAUGUUAGAGGCACGUGUCAGCACAAGAGGCAAAGAUAUUUUUUUUUUCCAUUUUCUUUUCUGUUUUCUUUUCUUCUCUCCUUUCACUUCGUUCUCUCAUCUCUCUUCGUUUUCUCCGUCAACAAAGAAGGAGCGAACCGACGAAAGAUCCAAACCCACGACCGUGCCUCCACCACUGAUCCUCCGUCGUGGUUCUCGUCUUCUCGUCUUCUCCGUCGCCGAUCGAAACAACCACCGAUCGAAACCACAACCGAUCGAAACCCACAACCGAUCGAAACCCACCAGCAAGGACGACGGCUAUCGCGAUCCAGACGGCGUCUCCUCCGUAUGGUCUCGUCAUCGCCGGCAGUAGAAGGAUCGAAACCCACCACCGAUCGAACGUCUUCUCUUGUUUCGUCCUCCGUCUUCUCUCGUCUUCACCGCCAGAAGAAGGAUCAAAAUCCACCAAGGACGAAGACUGUGUCGGUCCUUACGGCGUCUCCUCUGUCUUCUCUCAGUCCCGACGAAGUCUCCUCCGCCGCUUCACGUCUUCUCCGGCAGAAGAACCCACCACGGACGACGAGUGUCUUGGUACUCAUCAAAGCCGCUAUUCCGUCUUCUCUCUACUUCUCCGUCAGAAGACCGAACGAGACCAACACGGAAAUCGACUCUCUCGGUCUUUAUCACGGCGUCGAUGCCGUCUUCUCUCUUCUUCUCCGUCAGAAGACCGAUCUCUUCAACUUUGAGAUCACUUCCGAAGUGGUAAAUGUUUCGAACUUUGGCUCAGUAUUUUUGGUAUUAAGUUAGUUCAGAUUGAAUCCGGUAACGUUUGAGACUAGUUAGUUUAGAUUGAGAUUGAAACUGGUAAAGAUUGAGACUAGUUAGUUUAGAUUGAGAUUUAAAUUAGCUAGUUCUUAAUCUAGCAAACUGGUAAAUGAUUGAAAGUUCGGCUCUGUAUUGUUGUGUAUUUUUCUCUAUAGAUCAUCUUCUGAUUUGGUUUGGUUUACAUUGAAAUCAUUUAUUUACAUAAUUUUAUUUGCUUUGGUUUGCGUUUAUGAAUCAUGUGAGGAGGCAAAGAUCUGAAUGAGCAGCCAAAGACAGCUUAUUUCUUGGAGGUGUUGGCCCGGUGAGGAAGGGUGUGAAGCACUACUUGAGACUCUCGGUUAGAGAGACAAAGAUGAUGAUAAGAGGUCACGAGACAAAGAUGAUCACGGGUGAGGUCGCAAGAUUGUUAAGAAGAAGAAGCAAAAAAUGUCAAAAGAGAGAACAAACUUGUACGUAUGUGUCACGGGUGUUGUACUUAUGUUUGUAUGUAUGUGUCACAAGUGGUCACAAGGUUGUAUGUCUUUUACUAAUGUUUGUAUUUAUGUGACACGAGAACAAGUCACGAGAUGUUGUAAUCUAUACAAGUCAUUUGCUCUAUAUAAAGAUUUCAUUCACCAUCCAUUGUAAUCACCAAGACUUCUUCUCACCUUCUCACCAAACGCUCUUCUUCAGAGCUUGGAAUCACCAAGACUUCUUUUCACCUUUCUCAUCUCAUCAUCACAAAGCUAUUCUCCUUUUCUCAUCAUCUCAAAGCUAUUCUCACCAAACGCUUUUUUUUUUUUUUUAUCACAACUCCUUUUACGAAUUAUUUAAAAAUAAUUCUCCUUGAUCAACUAUAUUUAUUCAAUGGCUUCUUCUUCUCAUAACACUUUUGAUCAAGAUGAUGAAAGUUUUGAUCAAUAUUUUGAUCAAUAUUUUGAUGACUAUUUUGAUCAAACACUCGAGAAUUUAGCAAAUAAUUAUGGUGAUCAAGAAGUCGAAAGAAGAAGAAGAAAAAAAUGGGUUCAUAUAGAAAGAAACUGGGAAGAAGGCGAUCAACGUUUAUGGAAUGAUUAUUUCAGUGAAAAUCCAACAUAUCCUGAAAAUCUAUUCCGACGACGAUUUAGAAUGAACAAGUCAUUGUUCAUGCGUAUUGUUGAUCGACUCUCUAAUGAAGUUGAAUACUUUCGAGAAAAGAAAGAUGCUCUCGGAAGGCGUAGUCUCUCUGCACUUCAAAAGUGUACAGCAGCCAUUCGUGUCUUGGCGUAUGGUUCUGCGGCUGACGCUGUUGACGAAUACCUCCGACUCAGUGCAACUAGUGCUCGAUUAUGUGUCGAACAUUUUGUCGAAGGAAUAAUAAAUCUAUUCUGCGAUGUGUACCUACGAAGACCAACACCGGCUGAUCUUGAACGUCUACUUUUUAUUGGUGAGAAACGUGGAUUUCCGGGGAUGAUAGGAAGCAUCGAUUGUAUGCAUUGGGAGUGGAAGAAUUGUCCCACCGCUUGGAAAGGGCAAUAUUCACGCGGUUCGGCUAAACCCACAAUCGUAUUAGAGGCGGUUGCUUCGCACGAUCUAUGGAUAUGGCAUGCGUUUUUUGGACCUCCAGGUACCUUAAAUGAUAUCAAUGUUCUUGAUCGCUCACCAGUUUUUGAUGACAUAAUAAACGGUCAAGCUCCGCAAGUUACUUUCUCUGUCAAUGGAAACGAGUAUCGUUUGGCUUACUAUCUCACCGAUGGUAUUUAUCCGAAAUGGGCAACUUUUGUCCAAUCUAUUUCACUACCACAAGGUCCGAAAGCGGCUUUAUUUGCUCAACAUCAAGAAGGUGUCCGAAAAGAUGUCGAGCGUGCUUUUGGAGUCUUGCAAGCUUGAUUUGGCAUUAUUAAAAAUCCAGCACGUAUUUGGGAUAAAGCCAAAAUCGGGAAGAUUAUGAGAGCAUGUAUCAUACUCCAUAAUAUGAUAGUAGAAGAUGAACGAGAUGGAUACCGUCAUUUUGAUGUUUCAGAGUUCCAACAAGGAGAAGACAACGGAAGUUCACAUGUGGAUCUCACGUAUUCUACAGACACGCCUUCAAAUAUCGCUAAUAUGAUGGGUGUUCGAUCUACUAUUCGUGAUAAACAAAGACAUCGACAACUGAAGGCUGAUUUGGUUGAACAUAUAUGGCGUAAAUUUGGACGUAAUGAAGACAACAACUGAGCUCGGAUGUUUCUUUCUAAAUUUUCUCGUUUAUUUUAGUAAUCUUUUUUUAUGUUUUUAUUUUAAAUCUUAUGUUGAAAAUGUUUUUUUUAUUUAUGUUUUAUUUAAUAAAUAAAUUUUUCUUAAAUUUUUUUUUUCUUAAGAACCCUUAAUUAAGAAACUACUGAUGGAGGCACAAAAUCGCACAGUUUCUUAAUAGAGUUCUUUAAGUCCACUAAUGUACAUUUAUAUAGUUAAAUAAUCAUUAAAAAAUCCAUUAAGGAUCCAAGGGAUAAACAUGCUCUUAUAAUCAUAACAACCACGAUACAGUUAGCUUCAUUUUGUUUUUGUUAUAACGAUAACGUGCUUUUCCUAAAAGUUUAAUGGGUAUAUCUCGAUUUUUUUAGUUGCUGAGUAAGGAUCCAUUCAUGAGUUGAUAUACUGAUAUACAUGAAUAUCUUAGUUACGUCGACGAAAAUCUUAGUUAGUUUUUAAAGAAAGACCCUCAAAAUAUUAUUUUGUUGACAUCUAGCUAUCAGUUUUGAAUAUGUUUUCCCAAGAAAAAAUUUGCAAAUAUGUCAUUGUCUUAUAUGACUCAUCAUUCUUCCUCUAUUAAAUAAAACGAAGUGAAACCACGUUGACUUUAUAGUUUCUGAUAAUAUAGGAAAGUAAAUUAAGGCAUGUAAGUUGAUAAUUUAAUUAUAAACAGACAUGUGUUUUGAGUUCCUCCUCCCUAGACAUUUUAUCCGGACCCAAAAAUCUAAAUAGAAAUCGAUGCCGAAAUAUAUAACCGAGAUAGAAUCAAAAAAUUAUAAAUACCUUCUGAAAUUCCUUUAUUCGCAAGAACUGGAACCGAAAAAAAUUGAUUCAAAUAAUUCAGAACCCGAAAGAACCGUCCAAGUAUACCUGACUCGAUAAAAACUGAUACCCGACCUAAAACAUAAAUAUCAAAUAUUUUUACUCCAUGUGUUCUAGUUUCUAUAUCUUAGUUUAUGAUUUAGUUGUAAUAUUUUGUUUGUUUACAAUCUUCACAAUUAUUUUAUAAUAUUUUAUGUAAUAUGAAUUUUUAAAUGUCAAAGUUUAGAGUUUGAAAACAUUUAAUUUCAAUUAAUAAUAGUUUUAUUUUUGUUAUGUUGCAAAAUUAUAGAUAAAUAUGAAAGAUUUCGGCUAAAUUUGUAAAUACUCGAACCGACAAGGAUCCGCUACAUACCUAAAAUUACAAAUAUUUUACGUAUAUUUGAAUUAUAGAGUCAAACCGGCACAUGCUCGAAAAACCGAUCAAACCCACACCCCCAAAAAAUUUCAAAUAUCUAAUUGGAUCUACAUGUGUUCACUACAAGAAAACAGCGACAUACUGAGGGAAAAAAUCGUCGGUAUGUCGUCGGAAUAAUUCCGAAGACAUACCGACGAAACAAGUCCUCGGAAAUAA